AUGGAUCCGACAUAUCCAGAUCACCGUCUCGAUGAAUCUUUCUCACAAGCGCCCAGGUCAAGAACCAACAGUGGGGUAUCAACAACAGAGGGACUCCUGCGUUCCUUGCAGCUUGCCGAUUCGCCUGCAAACACCUCGUUGGACCCUACAUAUAGCUGUAGUAGACCAGCUUCUCUGCGAAGUCGAACUUCUCCGGCUCUCACCAGUCCGGACCCUACCUCCGCUGCCUUCCGUCCUGCUCUCACCUCUCACACCCAGUCCACCUUCUCACUUCCAUUGGAUGAGGAGUUGGAUGUAAACUGGUUCGACAACACUCAGUCUACAGCCCAGGGCACGCCGUUGCUGCGAGUAGAUCCGGCGGAGACCUACUCUCAACUCACACCUUCGUCAUCCCCACCUUCCAACUCCCAAUCGGCAACUAUGAGCACCGUCGCGCUCCAGUACGAUUCAACGUUCGAUAUGGCCGGGAGAUCAUUGUUCAGUUGGCCAGGUAAGGAUCGAGAAGCCGGGCCCCCCCCUUCUCGGCCUCGCGGCUCUGACAGCAUGUUCUCAGUCCUCGAUUCUAGCGGGGGUCUUCUUGGCCACGACCUAGGCUCCUACGCCUCAGACGCCAGCCUGACCCCUCCAAGCGGAUCAAGAUCAGCCACCGCGAGCCCCCCAAUAGGGACGCUCACGGCGGGACAGCGGGAGAUCAAACGCCAGCGGGACCACGCCCGCCACAGCUCCAAGCUCGCCGCCCGUAGCGGGAGGACCAGCAGCGGGUCUUCCUACGGUCACUCGCCGCCAGUGACGAUGGCUGACCUGACCACUAGCGGGGCGGGCCUCCCGAUCUACCCCUCGGCGUCCUCGCCGAUCCCGUCCCAGCCAUAUCUGCCCUCGUUCUCGCCCCCCAUCGCGGACGCCGGCAUGUACUCGAACCCGUACCCACAACAUCAGUACAUGUCGGUUGAUUAUUCGCCAAAUUACUCAGCCUCGACAGCGCCGAGCCUGCCUUCAAACUAUGGAAGGCCAACAAUGACAGACCCCAACUUGUUAUACUCCUCCGCCGCCUCCUCGAUGGGCAUGGGGUCCCCCUCGGCAUCGGCGCAGCACCAGCACCAGCAGCAGGAGGAGGGUGCAGGGGCGGGCUCGUCGCACGUGCGGGUGGUGCAGGGGCGGCCCAAGCCCCAGUGCUGGGACCACGGGUGCAACGGGCGGCAGUUCUCGACCUUCAGCAACCUGCUGCGGCACCAGCGCGAGAAGUCGGGCCAGGCCGCCAAGGCCACCUGUCCCAACUGCGGCGCCGAGUUCACGCGCACCACCGCGCGGAACGGGCACCUGCUGCAUGACAAAUGCAGGCAGAAGAAGCCCGGUGGUGGUGAGAGCUAGCUGCUUGGAUGGGGGGCUUGCUCUCCUGUCCUGUGCGAUCAUGAUGAAUUGGGAAAGAGAAGCAAACGAUGGAGGAAAAGUACCACCUGGGGAUUGAACAUUGGGAAACGGGGAGCGCAUGGGGCAUGUUUACGCUGCCAAAGCCAUUCUACUGCAUUUUUCAAUUUCUUCUUUUUUGUCCCCCUCCCCGGGGGGCAUGGGCACAUAUCCCCCU